UUACUCGUCUCUCUACAUCACUCGCCAUUUAUGAUGAAUCUGUCUCUCUUGAAUAGCCGAUCUGCAGAGUACAGAGGCGCGCGCGUUUUACGGUUGUCUGCCGCAACUCUCAAGUCCCGACAGUCUGCAUUGUGCGACGCUACAUCUGUAACCUCCCGUGUCACACGCUAUAAUCUAUCACUUUUAAUGUAAUUCCAUUGCUUCAUCACAAGAAAAAUUCGGCAACAGAUAAUUAUCGCCUGGACAUUCAAUCGGUUGAUCGUUAUCAUGAAAUGAAAGCUGUUGAGAGUGCAGAGAUCUAUCGGCAUCAAUCAGUUGUCGACGGUAUCCCAAACGUUUCAAGUGAAGGAUAAAUAUAUGGACCAGUAAUAAAAAAAUUGCCGGCGAAAAAUCCAAAAAUUGAACGCCUUUGUCUUGACAAAGAGAAAUUGGUGAACGACCGCCGCUGAAGUCACAUUAUUAUUUAUUAUUAAAUAAAUAUAUGAAUAAGUGUGUGUGCGGAUGAUUGGGUUGAAAGCACUAACGGAAAUCACGGCGUGAGAAAAUCGUACUGACGGCGCUAACUGAUGCACAACGCCGACUGGCACGGAUACGGACAUUAAAGUCAUCAGUGGAGAGACUCAUAGAGGUCCAGCCACGGAUAGAUUCUUUGGGGGUCGUUGGUACGAGAGUGUGUACGGACGGUGCUAAAUAAAAUUCCCAUUAUUUACGAUUGGUUCUUCAACGAUUGUAGAAUUAUUGCGGUUAAAAUACCAACGACAAUUGCUGGAGGAGAAUCUAACAACUGGUGGAUAAAAAUUGGUGCGACAACUCGUUUGUGUCUGUCUGUCUGUCUGUCUGUGUGUGUAUGUGUGUGUGAAACCCGGCUUGGGUGUCGGGAGACUUAGUCGGGAGCAAAAGUGCCGGAAGUCGUAAUUAAUCCGGUCGCAAGGUACGAUGUACGAGGACGAUUGAUCGGGUGAAUUUAUUGGGUCUAAUCGACGAUUCUCGGUUGCGAUAUGGAGCGGAUCGCGAUGUGUCGAGGUAAAUUGACGAUUUACUACGUGGGUCUUGAGAGUGAAAUCGGUUAAACGGUACGAUAAGUUUUGAGACUUGUUUUCAUGCUGAUUUUACACCAUUCAGUUAUUGUGGUAGUUUAUUCUUGCAUUGUGAGCAUCGGUUAUUGGUUGGCCCGAGAGGGAAGAGGAAGACCAGGUGAUUGUAAAAAAUUCCACCGCCCAGGAGGAAAAACGGAAGUGCUCGAGGAUACUUUCGGAGUGACUUUUUAUUACCCCGUUCUAUCAUGCUUGUGUCCCUUCAACGGUAUUUACACCACGUUCUGCCCGUUUCUCAACGGAACUACGUCAUCGUCGCGCGCAAGAUGAUGCAACGUCAGUCAAGACAAUCGUCAAUCACCGUAUCAAAUUUGUGCCGACAGUCACUAACCAAUGGCACAACGAGUUUAAGAUCACGAACAACUGGGACAAUAGUGUCAUCAGCCACAUCAAGAUCAACGCUAAGUAAUUCAACAUCAAGUUCAUCAAGUUCAACCUGUCCGCCUGUACUUUUGUCUGUACUAGCUUGGUCAGUAACGCUACUUCUGAUCUCAUCGUGUCUUGGUAUUGCUGAUGCUGGAGUACUAAUGGGACAUCCACUUGGUAAACGUUCCUUCAUGCAAUUGCAGUGCAAGGGGAUUUAUGAUAAAAGUAUCUUUGCGCGAUUGGAUCGUAUCUGUGAGGAUUGUUACAAUCUCUUCCGGGAGCCACAGCUUCAUACCCUCUGCAGGAAGAACUGCUUCACGUCGGAUUACUUCAAGAGCUGUUUGGACGUUUUGCUUCUGCAGGAUGAGAUGGAGCAGAUACAAAUAUGGAUUAAACAACUUCAUGGCGCUGAUCCUGGGGUUUAGGCAAGAUUGCUUCCAAACUAAAUACUUCACGAGUUGCAUCCAAGCCCUGCUGCUGGAGGACGAGAAGGAAAAGUUUCUGGAGAUGGUGGAAUACCUCGGCCGCAAAAAGUAAAACGGAGGAUACUUAUGAAGAAAUAACAUAUUUAACAAAACGCCAGUUUGGCGGUGGGCCUGAGGGAUGUCCUGGAUGCUGACAAUAGGAUCAUCAUUUCAUCCUAACAUUCAGGAUGAAUCUUUGGCUCGGCUGCUUGGUGGCGAACUUAAGCGAUAUACGGUACCGAGGGGCCAUACAUCCCAUUACGAAUUCUAGUCGAUAAAAUAUAUCUACGCGACGUUACCGCGUGCAAAGUUUAUAAGUUGAACGAAACAACAAAGGCAUAUUACUGGAUCCAGUAUUGGGGACAGGAAAAAUCAUUGAAUAGAAAGAUUACACACAGACAUGAUUAGAGGGAGUAAAUGUCAUUUCAGUAGUGCCAUGGAAAAACCUAAGGGCUCAUUCAAGUCAGAUUUUAAAUAAUUGUUUUGCUGAACAGAUUGGAAAUUAUUUCAAAAUCACUCAUUAAAUUCCGAGGGAAAAUUUUCCGAAACUCGCUAAUUGAUUUCUGAAUUUCUAUUAAAUUAUUCUUGACCAUGAAAACCAUAGAAUCCCGCGUAAUUGAAUUUAUUCUUUUCGAAUGAAUGAAUUCAUUUUUUAAUUAAGGCGUUGAAUUUAAUGCAGGGUUUUCACAAUGACUGUGAGAACUCCAACUUUCAUUGAAUAGAAGUGAUUGCCUAAUAUGAGAAACUUAAUUUCGUUGUAGGGAAAGGUGAGGUAAAAUGGAUCUUAUGAAAUUGUCAAUAUCUCCUGCCAGAAUGAUACAAAAAACCUUCAGCGUGAAAAGAGCUUUUCAUUUCGCGGCGGUAAUCGGAAAUUUUUGGUGGUCAAAGAAGUUCCAUUUUACCCUCCUUCACCCUAUGUUUAAUACAACAAAAAAAACAAAAAUUUCUAAAUUUUUUUUCUCCAUGAACUCCGCUGCUGAUUUGACAAUGAAAACGUAAGAAUAUUCAGUGUCGAGCGUGCGUAUGUCUAUAGCCCAUGAUAAUGAUUAUCAUUAUAAUUUCAUCCCUUAUUAAGUUAAUCGUAAUUAUCCAUGCCGUAUGAAUUUUUCUUUUAAAUAAACGGCCAAUCAAGUCUCAUCCUGAUGAUGGAAUUAAGAAUGAAAAAGUCGACUGAUUUGCAGUGUAAAUUGGCCGACAGCACGGGUCGUUAUAGAGAAUUAAAAAAAAAAACAACAUUUCGGAGUAUUACGAUUUUUCUUUCAUUAAAUGUAUUAUUAAAAUUAUGCUUAAUUUUAUCAUAGAUAGUCUCUAAUAUCAUUAUUAUUGUUGUUAUUAAUGGGAUUAUUAGAGCAGAAAACGAAAAUCUAAAAAAAAUGGAAAAAACAAUCUCAUGACGAGCGUAUUUACGUUUUAGUAUUUAUUUAUUAUUAUUUUCCACUUUUAACGCUGAGCGGAUUAUUAAGAAUUUCAUUAACUCGUAGAAUUUUUACUUGACUAGAAAUGAAGAGAGGAAAGUUGAUAAGCAUUAGAAACGGUCGCGGGUGAUCGAAUAACAUUCCAAAAUCAGUAUUUAUAUCUGUUCUAUUUAUCUUAUUAUUUUUCGUUUCUUUUCUCUUUUUUGUACGAAUCAUUUUUUUCUCGAAUUCAUUUUCACCUUCAUCGCCUAGUCUCGCUAUCACCAUUCCGCAGUUUCGAUUUUUUUAUUCACAUGUUUUUUUUUUUUUCAUUACAA